AUGCCGCCUGGCUCGCCCUUGGAAAGCAGGCAGCAGCUGCAGCCCUUGCAGGGUAAUGAAGGGCUGAGGGCGCGCGGGGUGGGCUGGCAGGAGCUCCGGUGCCUGCCAAGUCCUGGGACCGCGUCAUGCCAGGGGGAAGGCAGAGCAGCGCGCGAAGACGAAGCUCCCACUCGCCUGCCUCGGAAGCACCGUCGUGCCAUGCAGACGCGCCUGAGUUGGGACUGGGGCUGUGAGUCAGAUAAGAAUUCAGACGGUACAUUUGAAGAAGUCAACGCCGAUAUCUUCACGCAGAUUAGCAUAAAGAAUCCCUCUUCUUCAGCCAACAUGUCUGGUCUUGUUUCGGGGAAAUUUGGGUACCAGCUGAACUUAACUAGUAGUUCUCCUUCUAUGUCAAUAAGUAAACUUUUCCCAGCCUUGUUACAAUGCUUUGGCAUAAUCCUUUGUGGAUAUAUAGCUGGAAGAGUGAACAUCAUCACAUCAACUCAAGCCAAAGGAUUAGGAAACUUUGUCUCCCGCUUUGCACUCCCAGCUUUAUUGUUCAAAAACAUGGUGAUACUGAAUUUUUCCAAUGUGAAUUGGUCCUUCCUCUACAGCAUCCUGGUUGCCAAAGCAUCAGUCUUCUUCUUAGUCUGUGUUUUGACAUUGUUGGUAGCCACGCCUGAGAGGCGGUUUAGCAAAGCGGGACUGUUUCCUAUUUUUGCUACUCAGAGCAAUGACUUUGCACUGGGAUAUCCUAUAGUUGAAGCUUUAUAUCAAACAACGUAUCCAGAGUAUCUCCAGUACAUUUACCUGGUAGCACCAAUAUCUCUUAUGAUGCUAAACCCCCUAGGAUUUAUCUUCUGUGAAAUACAAAAAUCAAGAGACAAUCAGAAUCUCUCUCACAGCAAAAUCAAGAUUGUGGGACUCGGGUUGCUUCGGGUGUUACAGAACCCAAUUGUAUUUAUGGUCUUCAUAGGAAUUGCCUCAAACUUCCUUCUCUCCCAGAAGAUUCCAGAAUACCUGGAGAACUUCCUUGAUGGACUUGCCAGUUCAUUUUCUGGUUCAGCACUUUUUUAUCUGGGGCUCACUAUGGUGGGUCAAAUAAAGAAACUGACAAAGGGUACAUUUGUUGCACUGAUUCUUCUCAUCACAGCUAAACUACUAUUGAUGCCACUUCUAUGCAGGGAAAUGGUGGAAUUGUUGGACAAGAGUGACAGCUUGGUCAACCAUACCAGUUUAUCAAACUAUGCAUUUCUCUAUGGAGUCUUUCCAGCAGCCCCUGGCGUGGCUAUAUUUGCAACACAAUUUAACAUGGAAGUAGAAAUUAUAACUUCUGGUAUGGUCAUCAGCACUUUUGUCUCUGCUCCCAUCAUGUACGUUUCUGCUUGGCUAUUAACCAUUCCCUCUAUGGAUCCAAAGAGACUGGCAUCUGCAGUCCAAAAUGUUAGCUUUGACAUUAGUAUUGUCAGUCUUGUCUCUUUGAUUUGGUCCCUUGCUGUUAUCCUGUUGAGUAAAAAAUACAAACAGCUUCCUCACAUGCUUACAACCAACUUACUCAUUGCUCAGUUUGUUGCCUGCAUUGGAAUGGUGAUGUGGAAUUUCACUAUUAAGGAGAGAAGUAUCACACUGCAGAUUCUUGUGUUCAUAUUUCUAUACAGUUCGCUUUACAGUGCUUUUUUGUGGACAGGUCUCUUAUCUCUCUCUCUCUUGCUUUUGAAAAGAAGAGAAGCCAUAAAGAUCCCUGUUGGAUUUAUAAUUAUAGUUGGUUGGGGCAUCCCAGCAGUUCUUGUUGGAAUCCUGCUAAUAGCUGGUCAACGAAAUAAUGAUGUCAUUGACUCUGCAUUCUUUUAUGGAAAACAUCAGAUGAUUAUCACAGCAGUCAUCGUAUUCAUCAGCAUAUUGAUGUCGGGUGUGUCACUCAUGUGUAUGAACAGAUCUGGAGUGGAAUCCAACUAUGAGGCAUUGAACCAGCAUUCCCAACACAGUAGAACAGACGACUCUGAAAGGGAAGUGAAUGAGCAAAGCAGAUCUUCAACCAGUACUUCUCAUUCAUUGACAAUAAAUUCUUCCAUGGAAAGAGAGUGCAGUCACUGUCAACAGCCAAAUGGAGAGUUAUGCUGUUCUGAAGGAGAGCCAGCCUCUGGUACUUGUGCCAAUGAUAACUGCACUCCCUCAAUUGAGACUGCAAACCGAUGUUUAAGUCCGUGCAGUUCUCAGACCUGCAUACUGGCUCAGGAGGAACAGCGUCUGCAAACUGGAGACAGGCAGCUGGCUAGACAUGUGUUGCUAUGCUUGUUGCUUGUGGUGGGCCUCUUUGCUAAUCUAUCCAGUUGUUUGUGGUGGCUGUUCAACCAAGAACCGGGAAGACUCUAUGUGGAACUGCAGUUCUUCUGUGCUGUAUUUAAUUUUGGUCAGGGAUUCAUUUCUUUUGGAAUUUUUGGUUUAGACAAACACUUAAUUAUUAUUCCAUUCAAAAGGAGGUUUGAGUUCCUCUGGGGUAGUAGAGAAACAGAGGAACGUCAGGCUGCUUCUGUACCUGAGGAAAUCCGGAUGACGUGCCAACAGUUUGUCAAUUACCACAAAGAGAUGUGUGUCAGGAGCGUUGUGCAAGACAGAAGGUGUGGCACCAAGACUACGACUGGGGUCUUCUUUGGCUCUGAUCUGGUGAACUGGCUCAUCGAAGUUGGCCUUGCCUUAGACCGUGGAGGAGCAGUGAUAUAUGGUGACAGACUUCUGAAAGGAGGCAUCAUCCAGCAUAUUGCCAAUGAGUUUGAAUUUCGGGAUGAGCAGUUGUACUAUCGUUUUAUUCCUCUGAGAUCUGCAGCAAAAGAGAGCCAUAGAAAUGAGGAUGUACUUAGAAGCUAGCCAGGGAGGGUUUGCCCCAACUCCUUUGGAGACCUAAAGCAUGCCCUUUUUUUUUUUUAACAUAUCCUCUCAGUCGCAGUAUGGUUCUGUUAGUCGCCUACCCAAAGAGAAUUAUGUCUCACAUGUAUUGAAUGCUGGCUGAAACAAGUCACUUCAGGGAAUUAUUUUGAAUCAUGGAAAUUAAAAGGUGUAAUAUACUCAGUACUCAGGUGGUGUUGGUUUUUUGGUUUGGGGGAAAAGGGUUCUGGCCUAUUCUUCCAUUUUUGGAGAUUAAAUUCUCUUAUUUGUACUGAUAUAAUGACUGUGAAGACUGAUGUGGAGACGGAGGAUCAGAACAGAAAAAUAAGCAGAUUUCAGAUGUCAGUAGCUCCAGAGCUUGUAUAAACAAGCUAGGCCUUUUACAGAAUGAAAAAAAAAAAACAAGCUGCAAUCCUGUGCAAUCCUCAGGCUGUUUAAAUUCCACUGAAGUCAAUAGGAUUUAAGCAGCCCAGUUUUGCACAGUACUUGCUGCUGUAGCAUAACUUAUCUGUCAGUUUUCCUCAGUUCAUAAAUUGCUCUGAGAGGAGCGAUUGACUUGUAACUACUGAAAAUUGAGCCAUUCGUUUUCAAACCUCAAGGUACUAAACAUGCUCUGACUUCAUUUACUGUCUCUGAGGCUGUGGUUACUCUGCACCUCUUAAUUAGUUGAAAAGCCUAUUUAAAAAACCAAAUACUUGAAUUAGGUUUGAGUGCUCUUUUCAAUAUGCAAUUUAAAGGACUGUUACAUUUUGUGUUAGACAACUUUGCAAUAUGGAUUUGAAAAACUCCAUCCUUCGAGAUUCCUUAAUGGAUAAAAUGCAGUCCAAUGCCAAUAACUAUCCACCAUACAGCAUCUAUAUUUUUAUGCUUCUCUUGCUUACAUAAAGGCAUACUGAUUUUUUUUUAAAGUCCUUUAUCUUUUUACAAGAGAAUAGCCAUUAUGACCUUUUUAAGAAGGUGAGACAAGAGUGUCAAACACUUCCCAUACAGUUAUUAAUUACCAGUGUGACUGGUGUACCGUCAGUUUGUAACAGGACUCCGUUUCUUUAUUUUCUAUAAUUAGAAUGGGGCGUUGCUAUAAUUGAACAGGGGAGGAAAUGUCUCUGGGUCCAUGGGGCAAGGGCACUGGCUGGAAAACAGCCCUCUCUUCACACUUUACUCCCAUCUCCCUGACUCAGCAGUAAGUUGCUGGCUCCUGAUUGGAGUGUGGAGAGUCGUGUGUGAUACUGUUUGUGUAAGAGUGAUAGAAAGGGCAUGCCAAGAAUGUCCCCUCCCCUCCCCCACCACCACUGUGUCCAUAUAGUUCUUCUGCAAAAUCACAGCAGGGCGGAGGGAGACAGAAAAGAUAACAAGGGGCCCUUCUUAACUGCUUGUCCCAGGACCCACUUCAACUUUGCUAUGUCCCCAAAUCAGAGAUCUUUAUUGGUUAUCUUCCUUUGGCCCUUAUAUAUAUAUUUUACAGCUGGGUGGUAUAUUUAUUUUGUUCUCAUAGCUGUAUGGAUGGUAUUUGAAAUACAGGCUUCUUGAAUUUGUGGCUGUUAUUCCCUAAUAGUAGGAGUUAAGCCUAAAGUAUCAUCAAUGUUUCAGUAGCCACAAACCAUGUACAGCAACAUGCAUGUUGUCCAACAUGUAAUUGUGUUACAUUGAUGUCUCACUCAGCUGACGGCACAUACGGAAAAUAUUUCUUCUAUAUUGUAUGCAAACUGAUAUAUCUUCCACAAUGAAGAAACUGUGUUCAUAGUAAAGUGUGGUUUAAUCUGAUCUGUAGCUGAAAUGGGAAGAGUGCUGCUCUUACUAGGGGCGUAGCUAUAAUUGAGCAAAAGGGUUCAAAGAACAUGGGCCCCCAGCUCCUGAGGACCCUCCAGCUCCAUCCCUCCCUAUUUUCUUCAUUGUCUCCCUCACUCUAGGUGGCCACCAGAGAGAGGGGUGAACACAGGGCCCCCUCUCCCCUAGCUACGCCCCUGGCUCUUAUUUUUCUGAAAAUCGUGAUUCUUUCUAUUUUAAGAGGAAUUAUGGAGAAAUGUGUUUUGGAAGUUGUACAUAUUUCUGCAUUCUCAAUGUCCCAGUUUCUCAAUAAAUACAGAUGUUUUAUCUUGUCA